AUGGGACUCGUUUUGUGGGAAAUGAUAGAGCGAAGACAAAUAUUUUCCAAUUAUCCGGGUGGAUAUGAUUAUGCAAAUACAACGGAGAAUGAACUGUGUAAAGUUGAACGAUUUGAGUGCAUUGAGGAGUUUGCAUUGAUCAUCAAAAAGUGCACAAAGUUCAAUCUUACGUUUCGCCCAAAAGCCUCAGAGGUUUUAUUGGAGCUUGAAGUAUUGGAAAAGAGUUAUGGAAAGCUAGAUUUCCGAUUGACUCCAGAAAUGGAUUUGACUCAAACGAGGCUUUUGAAGCCAAUCGGAUUUAAUGGAUGUGUUGAAGCAAAGAUUUCUGAAGAGGAAUUCGCAGACGAUAAACUCUCAGGGGUUUUCUCUGCUAGACUCUCCUCGAUAAACGAUUGGGUGAUAGCUGGAUCAUCGGAGGGAAAAGACAUCGAGAGCGUCAAAACAGCAUCUUCUUCCAGUUUUCCAUAUAUCCGAGGUGCUUAUUUCACGAAUUGGUCUCAAUACAGAGAUGGACGGGCAAAAUUUACACUCGAUGACUAUCUACCAGGUCUUUGCACUCACAUAUUUUACGCCUUUGCUGUAUUUGGAAAUGAUUUCAAGUUGAAAGAAACCGAGCCCAACGAUUUGAAUUCGCCAGAUGGAUCUCUUGGACAAUACACCCUAAUGGCAAAAUUGAAAGAAAAGCAAGCAGGACUCAAGGUUUUAUUGUCAAUUGGUGGAGCCAAUUUUGGAACAAAACUAUUUGAGGAAAUGAGUUCGACAAGAGAGAAUCGAAAGAUUUUCAUUGAUUCAGCCAUUUCUUGGGUUCGUCGACAUUUAUUUGAUGGAAUUGACAUCUCAUGGCUGUACCCGAGAGAGCAAAAUUGCUUUGCUGAUUUGUUGAUGGAGCUAAGGGAAGAAAUCGACGUUGAAGCACAACAAAAUGGAGCAAAUGCCAAAUUGAUUCUAUCAGCUGCUGUUUCUCCGAUUCGACAUCGAAUGGCUGCUUAUAAUAUUCACAACAUGUCAAAAUGCCUCGACUUUGUCAAUCUGUUGACUUUUCACUACUGGCAUUCGGGUUGUAUAGAAACGACCGGAAUGAAUUCACCGCUUUACGAUCGACGGGGUCUUAAUUCUGAUCAAGCUGAAUGGAAUAUCAAUUGGGCAGCUCACGAAUGGUAUCGUCGGGGGUUUCCCAAAGAGAAAAUCGUCAUCGGUGACCCUACAAAAACCCUUCCCGGUUCUUUUGACAAUAAAGCGACUCCUCCGCAGCCGCACUCAAAAAUUAAUGGUUUUAUCGCCUAUCAUGAGCUUUGUGAUUUACUUGAAAAAGGCGGAGAAAAGAAUUGGCAUGAUGAGCACAAAGUGCCGUGGUUUGUCGAAAAUGGACGAUGGUGGAGCUAUGAGAGUCAGGAAUCGAUUAAAAUCAAGAUGGAUUUCAUCAAAACAAAGCAAUUUGGCGGUGCGGAAGGAACAAACGUGUUUCAAAAGGUCUACAUUUCCGAUGUGACACCAAUAAUAAGCGAAGGCCAUACAUUAGAAAUCAACGCUGAGUUUGGACUCGAAAAAUGCUUUCUCAAGACAAAACCAUGUCAACAAAGCUCCUCCGAAGUAUUCUUGAUGAAAAGUGAGCGCAUAAUUUUACCGAAUUUUACCGAAUCUACUCUUUGCCCUGCCCGUGAUACG